AUGCCUCGGAAACGACUGACGGCAGCGGAAUGGCGACGUAGUCUUGAACGUCGCCGAAUGCUGGAUGCGGAGCGUAAACGACGUUUGCGUGAGGAUAGUGCUUAUCGAGUUAUGGAACGUGCCAGAAAUCGUGAAGCUCGCCGUAGACAGCGAGAAAACCCGAUUUUUCGGGAAGCUGAACGUGUUCGAGCGCAUGCCUAUUAUGCAAAACCAGAAUGCGGCGGUGACAGUGGCGUAAUGCAUACAAAAGUUGAAUUGGAGAGUGAGGUUGUGAAUGAACCAAGUGAAUGUGUUGGUAAGCGUUUCUUCAUUUUUUCUUUUUUUCGAUAUGAUUAG